CGAACACGAACGGCCCGCUGCCAAAGAAGGCCGUCCCCCUUUCCAAUCCCCAACUCUCUAUCGCGCUUGCUGUUUUCUUGCCGAAAGGAGAAGCAGCGACACAGCGCAACGAGAAGGAAGGCAUGAGGGCGGCAAGGCAGCGCCCACGGCCUUUGCCGGCUGUGUUUGUGGCCUGCCUGCUGCUCUGCACACUCACAACUCCUCUUCUGGCAGCAGCAACAGCGGCAGUCGUUGCCCCAGCAGUUUCUACACCUGAACUUUCCUUGUCAGACUUCUUUCCCUCUGUUGAACACGGAGAGUUCUUCCACAAUAUCUACCAGACAGACACGUUUGUGGACCAUCGCCCUGGCGGCAUCGCAAAUGUGUCCGCACCCUUGCGCUCUCUCUUCGCGCCUCUCUCUGAUGUUGAUGUUCUGUGCCAGCAUUUCGAGGCACAGUCCGCCGUCACAUCAGGCUUCAUGCAGGUGAAGGACGAGGGCGAGACGCGGCAGGUGACAUCGUGCAGCCACAUGCGCGAAGAGCUAGCGGCUGGUGCCGGCGUGCUUGUUCGCUUCGAGGACAUGCACACGUCGCCAGUCCAGGAGCAAGUGGAGCAGCUGCAGGCCGGCGUGCGUCGCGUGUUCGGCAUGGACUCCACAGUUCACGUCUACCACGCAACGCAGCAGGACUCGCGCGCGCUUCAGCCGCACACGGACCCAUACGAUGUCCUGGUGCUGCAGACGAGCGGCAGCAAGCGGUGGACAGCCUGCGUGCCGAGCAGCGCACCCGAGAGCUCCUCCGCUGCAAACGACGACGCCAGCAGCAGCAGCAGCAGCAGCAGUGCCAAUGCCAGUGUGGCCGACACCGACGCAACAGCAGCCGCAACCGCGCAGCCGAAGAUGACACCAGCACAGCUGGCGCAGCUGCAGGAGAUUCGGCAGCGGCGGCAGCAAGGCUGCACGAGGUACAGCGACGCGGACCUGAGCGGCAUGGCGUGCACCAACUUCACGCUGAGGGCGGGCGACGUCAUGUACAUGCCAAAGGGCAUCAUCCACUUUGCGCUUGCCAACGAGGAAGGCUCGACGCAUCUCACUGUUUCCCUUGAGCGCAGAGGGCUAUCCUGGGCGGACGCGCUCGUCUUUGGCGGCACGCACGCAGCCAGCAUCGAAGAUGCCGAGUUUGCGGCGUCCUGGCGCCACGCGGUGCAGGCGCUGGUGGACGAGGACGCUGGCGUCCCCUUUCUCGAGGCAGUGCCCACGUGGCAGCUCAACAGCGGCGACGGCGGCCUGUGCGCUGUUGCUCUCGAGGGCAACGCCACGAGUGCGGCUGCAAAGGAGGCGUUUGUCACCACCUAUCAGGACAAGUGUGAAGCGCUGCGGCCGCGACUGCUGCAGGCGUACGAGAGCGUGCUUGACCUGAGCGCGUUCCUCAACCCCGACGGCGUCCACAUGCUUGUUGAUCGAGCGUGCAGCGACGAUGCAGCAGCUGCUGUCCUGAGCCACCUCUGCACAUCCACAAACACGACAAGCAGCGGGCACGCCACCACUGACGCCCUCGCACGCCGUGCUGCACGAUUGCCUGUGGACGUGACAUCGGCCGAGUUUCGUGCGCAGCAAGCACACAACACGCCGCUUUCCCGCGUGCGUCGUGCAGCAGGGCUGACCUGCACUGGCAGCUGUGAUGGCUGCUCAAGUGUGUCAUGCACAGGUGGCUGCGAUACAUCGUGCUCGUACUGCAACGGGCACUGCCGCACAAGUUGUGCGUGCGAUGACAGCUGUGACUCUUUCAGCAGCAGCUGCGAUUCGUCUUGCGCCUGCGACGCCAGCUGCGACAUUGGUUGCCGGCGCUGCACCGGCUCAUGCGAUGACACGUGCACGUACAGCGGCUGCACAAGCAGCUGCGACGCGUGCGAGAUCAACUCGUCCACGGACAUGGAGUUUCUGGAGAGCGUCGUGUUCAGCGAAGACACGGUCGUCACCGUCAAGCCCAACGGCUGCACCUACCCCAGGAUCAUCGUGCGCGGCAACCUCACCGUGACCAAGUUCGCCAGCAUCGUGGCCGAGCCCCUGCCGCUUGCGUGCUCCACCCCGGCCCCGUCGGCCACCGCGAGCGGGCAGGGCGCAGCCGGCGGUUCCUUCUGGACGGCCGGCGGCAACUCUGCAGCGGUGCAGGCCAGCGACCCGUCGCAGCACUUGCAGUCGCUCAGCGGCGGUGCUGCCGGCGGCGGCGACAUCAGUGGUCAGGGCCGCGGCCUCGGUGGUGGCGUACUCGACAUCUUCGUGGAGGAGCAGUUUGUCUUGUACGGACAGCUGCUUGCCAAUGGCCAGGAUGCCUCGACUGCGAGUGCCGGUGGUGGUUCUGGCGGCACCAUCCGCAUCGUGUGCCAGGAGUUUCUUGGUGGCGGGUCGCUGUCCCUUGUGCAGGCCAAUGGCGGCACAGGGUCCACGUACGGCGGUGCUGGUGCCGGUGGCGAGGUCAUUGUCGAGGCAGCAGUCCGCACUUACCCUUCGGCCCUCAUCCAAGCCCACGGCGGCCUCACACGGCCCGAUGUGCAGCUUCAUGCAACGGCGAGCAUCGGGGCUGUGUCUGCGUCGAGCUGGCUCCCCGUCACCCGCGACCAGUUGCAGUGCUCGACGAGUGUCAUCAGCAACUGCAACUCGUACUCGUACAGCGUCGAUUCAACCCCGGGCCACCUUGACGACUGGGCGCGCCUGUACGGUGGCGUGUCUGCUGGUGGUGGCUGGAGCCCCAACACGAACGAUGCCGACCCGUACCUGCAGAUGAACCUGGGCAAUGUAUACGUUGUCUCCGGCGUUGUCACACAGGGCAACGAAUUGACGCGGUACGUCGUGCGGGAGUUUGAGGUCAAGUACUCGCUCGACUGCAGCACCUUCACCACAUACGGCGAGGAGGGCGUCACGCGCACGUUCCUCGGCAGCACCAGCCCCACGCAGAAGGUGUUUACCCGCUUCAGACCCGUGCGUGCACGCUGCAUUCGCAUCUACCCGCUCGGCGGCACCGCCGUUGGCGCCCGCAUGGACGUCCUCGGGUACGCCGAGACGCCAACAAGCAAUAACCAGCUGCCCGUUCAUCCAUCGCCUCUUUUUGUCAACGGUUGCCCCGAGAGCCAGUUGCACCAUGGCACGUCCAGUGCCACCAUCACUCUUGAUACCCCAACAGCUGUCGAUCCCUCGGGCGCCGUGUUGCCCUCCACCGUUGCCGUCUGGCCGCAAGUUGGCGUGUCCAGCCCGUCCAUGCCGGCCACUGUUGGCACAGGCACACACGCAUUCACCUUCUCCGCCUCCGACGGCAUCUACGCCACAGACACGUGCACCACGCAGGUGGUGGUGACGCCCAACAUGCUCACGGAGACAAGCGGCCUGUGUCCAGCAGACAUCACCAUCACGGCAGACGUCGACCGCAACGACGCCGUCGUCUCCUUCACCGUGCAGAGUGGCCUGUCUGCAUCCAUCGCACCAGGGUCCCGCUUCCACCUUGGCGUGACAAAGGUGUUCCUGUACAGCGCGUCCGUCUACUGCAGCUUUACCGUCACCGUCAACCAACGCACGAGAGCAUCUGGUAACGGUGGGCCCGGAAUUGUAUACAUGAUCAGCGAGAAGUCGCUUGAGAUUGACGCCGGGCGCGCCUUCCGCCAAACCAGCGUGGCCCCUGCUGACGAUCACACAGCGUGGCUUGCAGACUACAAAGACACCGCGUUCCUGUACGAUCCGGCGUACUGGUCGAGCAAAGUGGACCACCUGAUCAUCCGCGAGGGCGGCCUGGUGGUUGUGGAGGGCGGCAGCGCCACCGCCUCCUUCACCUCCAUUGAUGGGCAGACGGGCGUCUUCCACGUCAUGGAGUCACAGAAGGUCGAGGUGCUCACCCUGCUCGAUUCCCGCGCCAUUGUGGGACCGAGGGCAGAGCUCGUGCUCAAGGGCUCUGGUGCAGUGGACGUGUCGGGCACUCUCGACGUCGCUGGCAAGCUCACCGUGCCCAACACACCGGCCCUGUCCUUCUCCCGCAUGGGAAGCGGCGUGACCCUGCACGCAACAUCCCCCACAACGCAGCUGCGCACGGCCUCGCUCUCGCUGAGCGACACCAAGUUCACUGUUCUGCGCAGCAGCCCGACCACAGCAUGGACGCUCGCAUCCACACUCGCCACGUCCCUCGUUCGCUCCUUGCUCACCAUCGACGGCGCCGUUGAUUUCAGCGCCGCAGAUGUGACCGUUGACUCGUCCUCCUCCCUCGCGUUGGAUGCACAGCGCUCGCAACCUACCACGCACCGUAUCCAGUGGUCGCCGACCGCCGGCUGGCAGGACCUCAACAUCCACUACGGCGACACGGUCGAGUGGGUGUGGCAGAACGAGGAGCACCACAUCACUGAGCAGGGCGGCGCGUUUUCCAGUGGCGCCUCUCCCACGCGCAGCGGUGUCCUGCGGCACACCUUCAACGCCAUUGGCAUGUUCAGCUUCAAGGACUCCGCGCUGCCGGCCACCACCAGCACGGUCGUCGUUGAUUUCGGCUUCUGGUCUACACCGACCACCAGCGUGGACCUCGCCUCCCUCACCGUGCAGGCAUCGUCCCAUGUCCGCCUUGGCGGCUGCACCUUCGAUGUCCUUGCCGUCACUCUGGCCUCUUCGUCGUCCCUGCGCGUGGACGUGAACGGCACAACCAAGAUCAACACGCUGAGCGCAGCAGACUCAACCGUGUACUUCUACCACCCCGUGUCGUGGUACACUGCCGCCGGCGGCCGCUCGCAGUCCAUCACCCUCUCGUCGCCGGGGUCCCCAGGUGCAGUCAUGUACUGGGACUACGUCGCUUACCUGCGUGACGAUGGUGUAUUCACGGACACGUCUAUGGUGGGCAUUGACUUCUGGACCGUGGGCUCAGGCUGCACCAUGUAUCCUGGUCUCACCCGCGUCGACCUCGACUUUGUCGACACGCUCACCAUCAACGGCCGCAUGGACCUUACGUUCAACGACUACGAGGAGCAGGUACCCGUGCAGACGCUUGCUGUCGGCGGUACCAGCUACAUCAACGUGCCCGUCACCCUGCACCGCCUCAAGGACAUGUCCGUGGGCGGGCUCCUCGUCUUUGACAACAUCGCCCACGCCACCAGCAGCGACAACAGCUCCGUCUUCGACACCACUUACGUCUCCACCAUCGGCGCCACCAUCGAUGACGUCAGCAUCACCGUCAGCGGCACGUGGCAGGCCGGCCACGUCAACGUUCGCGCGGGGUCGUUCCGCCUCACCAGCGGCAACGCGGCCGUCACCAUGCUCGUCAAGGACGAUCUGCUUCGCGUCGACGACCUGUACUCCAACGGCCGCCUCACCGUCUACAACCGCGUUGUGUUCCGUGCACAGGACGGCACGUCGCCGAUGACCUCGUUUGCCAUUGGCGGCUCCGGCGCCGUGUCCAUCGACGACGACGACGACUGGCUGCCCGCCGGCUCAUCGCUGCACGCGGACGCCGUCUCCAGCGCCGGUACCUUCACCGCCCGCCUGCUUGAGCUUGUUGCCGCGUCCACCUCCAUCUCGGGCGGAACCACAACCAUGCGUGCCAAGAACGACAUUGCGUGCACCACCACCCUCAGCGUUGGCGGCAGGCUGUUCAUCGACAACCAGCUCACCAUCCGCGCCAGGGACUGCACCAGCAACCUCACCUCCGCCUCUGUCGGCUCCUCGGGCGUCCUCACCCUCGACUACGUCGCGCAGACUAGCAACGCGCCCGGCGUUUGGUCAACAGCGACAGGCUCCUCCCUGCACACGGACCUGCUCUCCGUGUCCGGCACCUUCCGUGCGGGCCUGGUGGAGCUUGAGGGCGGCACCCUCACCGUCGGCACCGGUGGCGCCAUCACCAUGGAGGCUACUGCCGAUCGCGUGCACUUCACACGCGCCACAAUCGGCGGAGACGUGGACAUCCGAAACCCCGUGCACGUGCACGCCCGCAACAAGGUGGACCGCAUGGACUUCUUCACCAUCACUGCCUCAGGCAGCGUCACCCUGGACACUGUUGGCCACGCCACGGGCACCAAGGCGUGGUCGCAGCCCACCGUGUCCCACGUGCACACCGCUACCAUGCGCGUGGACGGCGUGUUGAGCGCUGGCCAGUACGAGACGUACCUGGAGGGCACGAAUGACCUCGUCGUCGGCGGCACCAUGACAUUUGAUCCGCCAUCUCUCGGCCACGUCAUCCGGUACCAGACCAUCUCCGUCUCGGGCACGCUGACGGUGGAGAAGCCCAUCAACCUCACCACAACACACAGCUUGUCCAUCACCAGCAGCGCCGGUAUCAUCACCCUCGACAACGAGCGCCACACGGCAGAUGACGCGCCGGCGUGGGAAGCCUUCCCGCCCUCGGUGCUCGGCAGCACCAUUUACACACUCGACGUGAGCAUCAACGGCCGCUUCAAGGCCGGCUACCUCUGGCUGCGGGCGGACUCCCUCAGCAUCGGUUCCACAGGCGUCAUGACCUUUGAUGCUGCCAACCAACAGCGCGCCUGGGUCCGCUCCGUCAAUGUGGCGGGUACACUCAGCGUCUUGCGCCCCGUGCGCUUCCGUAACCAGGACGGCAGCAGUCGCAUGGACGGCUUCUCGCUCACGCACUCUGGAACCGUCACCCUCGACGUUCUUGGUCACAAUACCCCCAAGCACGUCUGGACUGGCAACACCAGCUCUCUCAUCUACACCCAGAGCCUGAUCGUGGCCGGGCGCCUGAACGCGGGCCGGCUGGAGAGCAUCAUGCCGGGCGUGCACACGCUUGAAGUACGCAGGACCGUCGUGUCGCCCACGUCCACAGUCAACGGCGUGUUCACCUUUGACCCCGUCAACAUUGGCGAUCCGGCCCUCUUCUACUCCGUCACCGUCAACGGCAUCAUGACUGUUCGCCGCCCCGUCAACUUUGACAUAACGCAGACCGUGUCCGUGGGCGGCACGCUCACCCUGGACGACGACGGGCACCAGGGCGUGCCAACCGUGCCCUGGGACCAGUACAAGGAAUCUGUGAUUGGCCGCGUUGUGGACGACGUCACCGUCUCCGUCUCCGGCCGCAUGGACGGCGGAUACCUCGCGCUCAGGGCGGCGCAGGUCACCGUCAGUGGCACGCUCACCUUUGACGCCUUCGACUUCCAGGCACACGUUGACAGCAUGGACGUGAGCGGUGAGGUUUCGGUGCGGCGCCAGGUUCGCAUCCGCAACCAGGACCGCACAUCUCGCGCCACGUCUUUGGACGUGCACCACGGUGGCACCAUGACCCUCGAUAGCCUUGGCCAUGCUACCCAGGAUCACACAUGGACAGCCAAUGCGUCGUCCCUGUUGCACUUUGAGAGCAUCAGUGUUGAUGGCCGACUCGACGCCGGUCGCCUCGAAUGCGUCUUCCCACCCGUUGACACACUCACCGUGGGUCGGACCCUCGUCAGCAGCAGCCCCGAUUCGUACGACCGCGGCGUGUUUACGUUUGACCCCAACUUCGUCUCUGCACCCGCGCUCUUCACCAGCAUCACUGUUGCAGGCGAAAUGCAUGUCAGGCGCCCGGUCAACCUCAACACCACCUCCACCAUCGACGUGUCCGGCCUAGUUGUCCUCGACGUUGACGGCCACGCCGCGUCGCCGCGCGCGUGGUACGCGUAUGAGCCGUCCCGCAUUGGCACGACCGUCGACAAUGUGUACAUCCGCAUCAAGGACGGUACCUUCAACGCGGGCCUGUUUGAGCUUCGCGCCAACCUGGUGGAGCUGCUCCCGCUGCCGUGGACGUCGGGCUCAAGCUCUGGCGUGCAUCGCAGGUCCAAGCUCACCUUUGACGCGUUUGAGCACCUCGCCCGUGUUGACCAAUGGAACAUCACCGGCACCGUCGAGGCGUGGCGCCACGUCAACAUGCGCAGCCAAAACGCGGGGGUCAUGAUCGGCCUCACCGUUGACGUCGGCAGCACCUUGAACCUGGACCAGGUCACCCGCCAAGCCGGCGCAACCUUCACGGGCGAGUCGUCCAUGGCCAUCAACGACUUCUACGUCAAAGGCACGUACCGCGCCGGUAAGAUGGCCGUGGCCAACCCCGUCCAGCCGUGGUGGACCCACAUGUACGUGUCUGGCUACUUCGAGUUUCUCCCGAGUCGCCUGUACGACAUCAACACGUGUCGCAUCGCCAACAACGGCCGCGUCCACGCACUGGAGCCGCUCGGCCGCGCGUCAGACACCCCGCCCGUGGAGAACCAGAUGCCAUCCGUCUGGGGCUCUGGCGGUGGUCUGUCAGGCAGCGGUGCGCGCGGUGGCGGCUACAUUCAGGCGCACGUGUACGGGCCCUCGGGCACGCACAUCACCGGUACUGUUCGCGCCAACGCAGACAGCGCUGGUGGCAGCGGUGGCGGCGGUGCGGGCGGCAACAUCUACCUCCUCACCACCUCGCUCACGGGUUCGGGUCGCAUGCAAGUCAUCGGUGGCAACGGCGCCGGCAACGGCGGUGGUGGCAGCGGUGGCUUCAUCAUCGCCCACUAUGCCAGCGGCAAGUGGUACAGCGACCAGACAGACGUCCAGGGUGGCACGGGCUGGGAAAACGGCGGUUCGGGCCUGGCGUACCUGGUUGGGCCCAACAACUUCCGCAACCUCCGCGCCGACAACCGCGGUCGCUCGUCGCGCAUGCAGACGGAUGCAGACCACGCAUCUGUGCGGCAGGCAGGCGCUGCGGCGUUCCUGCUCCCAGAGACGGAGACAUUCAACUUUGAGUUUGAGUACGUGGAGGUGUAUGGUGCGGCUCAUCUCGUGUUCCAGCACCCAACAGACGACAACUCGCACGCGCGCAUCACCGCCACGGAGGUGGUUGGCGACCGCACGGGCUACCUGCACAUCCUGCCCAACCAGACGCUGGACAUCACCUCCGUCGAGCCGUGGAAGCGCUACAACAUCUCCUUCAUGCCCCAGGUCUACGAACACGCGGACCUGAUUUUGCCCCAGCGCACGGUGGAGUGGCGCUGCCAGAACUCACCGGCCUACCCCAGCCUGUCCAUCCCCUGCACGAUUCGCACGUGGGGGUUCACCAACAUGCACCGUGCCCACCUGCUCGUCUCGCACGGCGCAACGUGGCAGUGGCAGCUUACCUCUGUUCGCGACCUCACCUGCGUCGGCAUGACGGUGCAGGACACGGGCACCGUUGAUUUCUUGAGCGCCGUCGCAGACGAGGCAGACGGCGGUCUGGACAUGGUGCCAGACUUUGACGACAUCUCCAGCGACAGCGGGCGCACGUGGCUCCCUGCGCUCACGGCUGCAAAGUACGACUUUGAGAUUGUGCGCAUCCUCAACAAGGGCGAGCUCGCCAUGAUGCCGGAGAUGAAGCAGCCGUACGGCCUGCACGUGGACCGCUUCGAGGGCGACCGCACAGGCGUGUUGCACACUGGCGAGCAGCAGCUCAUGGUGGGUCAGUUCUCCGAGCUGGGUGAAGUGCGUGUGAACCAGUACGCCUACCGCUACGGUCACCUGGAGCUUCCAAAGAAGUUUGAGUGCUUUGGCAUCACCAUCCGGCUUCUCGGCUUCUUUGGCGGCGUGGAGGACCUCACUCCCGCCGGUUAUCCGUUCCGCCAGCUGUUCCUGGAGAACGCCAAGCGCGACACGGACCCGUACACGCGGCUCUCGGGCUGUGCGGGGGCCACGGCGUAUGCGUUUGACGAGGUGCACAUGGCCGACAGCGCCAAGCUGUCGACGACAGACGACACUCAAGCAACGCUGACGCUGACCAUUGUUGACCUGGUGUCCGAUGAGUCAACCACCAUCCUGGUGCACGACAAACUGACGAUGCAUCUGGAGGCUGCCACGAGCCGCAACGUGAUUGCUCGCAUUGCCUCCAACCUCGUGCUGACGGAAAUGGGCGAGGUUCGCCUGCCACCAGCGGUGCAGUUCGUUGGCCCCCGCAACUCGUUUGCUGGCCAGCUGACCAAUGCUCAGCGCGUGUUUGUCAAGCCACACGGCACCCUGUCCUUUGCGGAUACAGUGCGCACUGCCAAGUACGAAGACGGCACAGGGUAUGUAUUCAUCAGCCAGCCGAGCGAGUUCAAGCUUGGUGCCUUCCAGCUUGGGCAGCACGCCACAGUGACCUUCAACGGCGAUCAGUCCACGGACGUCACGCUGGCUGUGGGUGAACUGAAUGUUGGCUUCGCUGCUCGCAUCGUGGCUCACCGGAUUUCUGCGCGUGUUGGCGAGUUGAUUCUUCAGCCCCAGUCCGUUGUUGACCUCAACAACAAGGGCUUCCCGCCAGGGCUUGGCCCAUGCCCCGGCAGCAGCAACACUGGCGCCGGUCACGGCGGUUUUGCUGGUGGUUCAGGCGCCAGUUGUGCCAGCGGCGCCUUUGAGACGCCAGACAUGCCUGGCAGCGGCGGUUUGACCGUGUACGGUGGUGGACUCGUGCACAUCGUCAGCAGCCUGGAAUUGCGCCAUGCAGGCAGCAUUACUGUGGCUGGACAGGACGCCACUUCCGGCGCUGGUGCGGGUGGUUCCAUCUACAUCCAGGCAUCAAAACUCACGGGCACGGGCGACCUCGCUGCUCGCGGUGGCUCCGCUUCGUCCGCGGGCUCUGGUGCUGGCGGCCGCAUUGCCGUCAUCGUGGACACGUUGUCGCAGUAUGCCGGCGAGGUGUACACGUCUGGCGGACACGGCAGCAACGACGUUGGCGCGCCAGGCACCUUCUACUUUGUCAACGCCCGCCUUGGGUCAACAGAGGUGUCCCUGCAAGUUGACAACGAGAACGGCGCGGCGCACGCUGACACCCCCACGACCGUGAUUGAGCAGACUGGUACGACAGACUUUGUGUUUGACCGCCUUGACAUCCUCGGUGGCGCCCGCGUGGAGUUUGUGGGCAGCAGCCUCCGUGCCGUGGAGCUGGGUGGUGACAAGACGGGUCACCUGCUCGUUCAGAAUGGACAGAGAAUGUGGGUCGCUUUCAGCACACCGCGCAGCACAUCUCGACUGGUGGCGGCCCAUGACUUUACGGUUGACGAAGGUGGCGAGCUGAUUUUGCCCCAGUCUGUCGCUGUCAUUGGCCACGCUCUGCAUGUCAAUGGCAAGCUCACAAACGCCAACCGCCUCACGAUUGGUGCGAGCGCAAGCGUUUUGUUUGGCGAAAACAUGAUCAAGGCUGGCCUGAACGAGUCUGUGUCCACGUUUACCCACCCAGUGUACCGCCGACAAGACGUGGCUGGCGAGCUGACCUUCGAUGAAUUAGAGCUGCUGUCUGGGUCGACGUUCUCGGCGUUUGAUGGUCUCUCGCUCGUACUUCACAGUGGCGCGUUUAACAUCCGCACGGGCACCUCCGUGCACCAGGAGCAUAUGACGCUGGACGUUGGCCUGCUCGUGCUGGAGCGCGGGUCGAGGAUCGACUGCAGUGGCGUUGAGACUCAGGUGCAACCUGGCCUCUGCUCGCAGUGCGGUGCUGGCCACGCCUCACACGGCGGUGUCGCAUCUGAUGCGCAAACGCCAUCCGCGUACUUUGGCACGCUCUACGCGCCCACGACGACGGGCUACCGCGGUUCGCAGGGCGGCAACGGCGGUGGACACAUCUUCAUCCAGGCCAUUGACGUCUUCGUGGACGGCGUGCUUGCGGUUGAUGGUGCAAGCGGCGGCGGCUCUGGCGGCGGCGGCUCUGGCGGCUCCAUCUUGAUUGAAGUUGGGGACGAGCUGCGAGGCACGGGUGUCAUCCGCGCUGACGGUGGCAACGGCUACAUCGGUGGCAGCGGCGGCCGCGUUGCCGUCCACGCUGCCUUUGACCUCCAGUAUUCAGGCACCAUGCAGGCGCUUGGCGGCACUGGCACGGCUGGCCUGGACGCCGCUCACGGCGGUGCGGGCUCCGUGUUUGUCGAGGAUGUUGCACUGGGUGGCGCGGUGCGAACCGUGCUCACCAUCGACAACGCAAACCAUGGCCACAAGCAAGUGCAUGAGAUUGAUCAGCACGACGUGCACCAUCUCAACUUUGCUGAGCUCGAGGUGGUUCGCACCGGCAUUGUUCGCGUGCACCCUGCUGUGCAGGGCAUCAUGGUUGACGUUGAGAAGCUCACUGGCGACAGGACCACAACGAUCCACUGCUUCGCCAACCAGACGUGGAUCUUUGACCCUCACGACCGCCGCGUGCAGCCGCUUGUGGACCUCAUCCUCGAUGCUGGCGGCGAAAUGGUGUUUGCGCCUCACCUGUUGUACGCCGGCACUCGCGCCUUUGACUGGCGCGGCCGAGUGACCAACGUUGCCGACCUCGAUAUGACGCGUGGCACCACCCUCAACUUCUACCUCACCAGCGAGCUCUCCGCUCGCAACCUCACAACGUGGGAGACUUUGUGGGUGAACCCUGCAGGCACGUUGGACCUUGCGUCCUUGCACUUGCAAGCCGAGACUCGCAUGUUCCUGCAGAGUACCAUGGGCUUGACUGCCUCAAUUGGCUUCGCUGACCUCAAGUUUGGUGCUGAGGUGGAGACAGACUUUGUUAACGCCACCAUCAAGUACCUCGACGUGGAGGCUGAGUCAAGCAUUCUGCUCUCCGGGGACCGCCAGCUCGGCGACAGCCCGCGUGGCGCUGGCAGCUUUGACGGCACGUCGGCUUCUGGUGGCGGCCACGGCAGCCCCGGCGGUCGCGGCAGUCAGAGCGUUGCUGGUGGUGCGCAGUACGGUGACCUCUACCUUCCAACGCAGACGGGUUCUCGCGGUGGCAACAGCGGCGGCUACGGUGGCGGAUGGAUGAAGCUGAGCAGCGAGUAUGUCGUUGUUGACGGCCUCAUUGAUGUCAGUGGCCAGGACAGCGUGCCCACGCGCGUGUCUGGUGCUGGCAGCGGCGGCAGCUUGCUCAUCUUCACCGAUCACAUCACGGGCUCAGGUGACCUCAACGUGAACGGUGGUCGCGGCCUGGGUGCCCGCCAGGGCGGUGGCAGUGGUGGUCGCCUGGCCAUCCACGUGCCAGAUGCGCCCGUUGCUUUCCGUGGUCGCUACCUGGGCCUUUGGUGGCAGCGCUGCGGGCUCUGA